AUGAUAGUAUCAACAAGAGCUUUCAAAUUCUGCUUUAUAACAGCCAUUCUAGCCAUGUUGCUUUCAAUAAUAUCGAAAAGGUCUGUACCUAUUGGUCGCAGUAUACUAAAAUCAUCAACUAUCCAAUCAACACGAUCGUUUUCAUACACAAGUUCGUCUUCAAAUAGUGGAUCUUCAUGGAACUCGCAUAGUAAUAGCAAAUCAUAUUCAACUUCAUCAUCAACAACAUCCAAUGCACAAUCUACUUCUACACCGCCAGCUACAACUAGUACUGCUUCGCUAAAUUAUGACAGUGCUUUAUCUACAUUUUCCAACUACAACGUGGCUGUGGCUUAUCAACCAAAAGAUAGAAAACCAAGCUCAAACAUGUUCAAAAAAUUGAAGUCGAGUCCAGCUUUGGAUUCACCAACUGGUGAAGAUAACUUGUUUGUUUCUGCACAAGUUCUGGAUGGAUCAAUUGCAGUGGGAGUAGCGGAUGGAGUUGGAGGUUGGUCUGAAGCAGGGUAUGACUCGUCUGCCAUAUCUAGAGAAUUAUGUGCAAGUAUGAGAAAGGGAUUUGAAAACACAGGAGAUGCAGCAACAACUCCAAAGUCCGUAUUAGAGAAUGCAUUCAAGGAGGUCUUGGAAUCUGAGGCGGUUGAGAUUGGUGGUACUACUGCAUGUUUAGGGGUUUUUACCCCUGAUUUGAAAUUGUAUGUUGCAAACUUAGGCGACUCAUGGUGUGGAUUGUUUAGAGAAUACAAGCUCGUCAAGGAGACAAAUUUCCAAACCCACAACUUCAAUACACCAUACCAAUUAGCUAAGAUUCCCCAACAUAUAUUGAGAAAAGCAGCAAUGGAAGGUAGGAGAUAUAUCAUUGAUGAACCAAAAUUGGCAGAUGAAUAUUCAUGGGAUUUACAGAAAGGUGAUAUAGUCAUGUUUGCUACGGAUGGAGUUACCGACAAUGUUGUUCCAAAAGAUAUUGAAAUAUUUUUGAAAGAUCACUUAGAAGACAACAAAAAAGCUAAAUUGGAUGAAGUGGCGAAGAAAUUUGUUAGCGAAGUGGUUAAAGUAAGUAAAGAUGGUAACUUCCCUAGUGCUUUUGCUCAAGAAUUGUCCAGAUUGACUGGUCAAAAGUAUCUUGGUGGUAAAGAAGAUGAUAUAACUGUUGUACUUGUAAAAGUCGUAUAG